AUGAACAUGUUUCCACGAGACGCGGCCACCGACGCCGCCGCCGCGGGCGCAGAUGCAGGCGGUUUUGCGCUGUACCACUACGAGCCUUCAAUGGCAGGCGGCGCCAUCUUUACUCUUCUCUUCAUCGGCACUACUCUCUUCCACGUCUGGCAAUUGUAUCGCGGACGCUCUUGGUUCACUAUUCCGCUAGCUGUGGGUGGUCUAUUCGAGCUUGUCGGAUAUGCCGCGAGAUGCAAAUCCUCAAACGAAACACCAAACUGGACCUUGGGUCCAUAUAUCAUACAGAGCAUCUUCCUACUCGUCGCACCAGCCCUUUUCGCCGCUACAAUCUACAUGGAGCUUGGCAGAAUCGUCCAGAUGAUCGAUGGCGAGGGAAGGGUCAUGAUCAGCAAGAAGUGGAUGACCAAGAUCUUUGUUACGGGUGAUAUCUUGUCUUUCUUUCUACAGGGCGGAGGCGGUGGUAUUCAAGCCUCUGGUUCACUUGAAGCCCUCGACACCGGAUCUAAAAUCAUCAUUGGAGGUCUAUUCGUGCAACUCAUCUUUUUCGGCGUCUUCGUGGUCAUCGCCAUCGCCUUCCACCGCGCUAUCGAACAAAACCCAACCGGUCGAUCGACCACCGGCCUUCCUUGGAAGAAGCAUAUGAUUGCGCUCUAUGUUGGCAGCUUCCUCAUUAUGGUGCGAUCUGUCUUCCGAGCAGUCGAGUAUCUGCAAGGCUUUAAUGGAUUCUUACUUCGUCAUGAGGCUUACCUCUAUAUCUUCGACGCAACACUCAUGUUCAUGGUUAUGGUCCUGUUCAACUGGCUUCAUCCUUCUGAAAUCACCACCAUUUUGGAGGAGCGCAAGACAGGCAAGGGAUACAGCAUGGGGGCUUUCACCGAGUGUGCUUAG